GGAUGAGUCAGGGAGGUGCCGGUGAUGAAUGAGUAACGCUCUCCUGCAGAUGCGGCUCCACGUCAGUCUGCCGGUGUCGGUGUGUCGCUGAGCCCAGCGGGGAAACGGCCGCAGGCGGACAGGUGAUGCUGCAGGGAUGUCUUCAUCCCUCUUCCUCCUCCUCUCCCUUCUCGUCCCCACCCUGAUGUUGGAGUUUCGUUACCAUGACAACAGAGAAAUCGAGCAGUACCUGCUCCAGGUCAGCGCCGACAACCCCGACAUCACACACCUGUACAGCAUCGGCAAGUCGGUGAAAGGUCAGCAGCUGUGGGUGUUGGCUCUGGGUGCUCGUCCUCGCCGCCACGCCGUCGGCGUCCCGGAGUUCAAAUAUGUGGCCAACAUGCAUGGAAACGAGGUUCUGGGUCGCGUUCUCCUCCUCCAGCUGAUCGCUGAGCUGGUCCGCGGUUACCGUGACAACGAGACCUGGUCGCUGCAGCUGCUGAACAGCACGCGCAUCCACAUCCUGCCGACUCUGAACCCGGACGGCUUCGACGAGGCCGACACAAACUGCCUGUUAGGCCAGGGAAGGCUAAACCAUAACGGCGUCGAUCUGAAUCGGGGAUUUCCUGACGCUUUCGCUGGUCUUCGAAAGCAGCAGCUGAACGAGGAGCAGAGGGAAGCUGAGGUCAGAGCUGUGAUUGGCUGGCUACGAAGCGAAACUUUUGUUCUCUCCGCCAACCUUCAUGGAGGCGCCUUGGUGGCCAGUUAUCCUUACGACAACAGCGACCAAGGUUCUGUUUGGAUGGUCUCGCCCAGCAUCGCGCCUGAUGACGACGUGUUCAUCCACCUAGCGAAGGCUUACUCAUACAACCACGCCUCCAUGCACAAGGGGAACCUCUGCGUCGACAGCGGACCUUUCCAGGACGGCAUCACUAAUGGCUACAACUGGUACAAGUUGGAAGGUGGGAUGCAGGACUACAACUACAUUUGGGCGCAGUGUUUGGAGCUGACGCUGGAGCUUUCCUGCUGCAAGUUUCCUGAACCCAAAGAACUUCCUGCCCUGUGGAUGGAGAACAAAAAGGCUCUGCUAGCUUACAUCCAGCAGGUCCACCUGGGGGUGAAAGGUCAAGUGUUUGACGGUUGGGGGAGGCCGGUGCAGAACGCGGUGGUGGAGGUCAAGGGUCGCAGGAAUAUGUGUCCGUUCAGAACCAACCAGCAUGGAGAAUAUUACCGGCUGCUGUUGCCUGGAAACUACACCUUCAAGGUGUCGUAUCCGGGUCACAAGGUUCUGACAGAAACGCUCAGCGUCCCGUACGGUCCAGAAAAAUAUUCUGCAAUGAAGCACGACUUUAAGCUGCGACGCAUCGCCUCGACAACGGUCCGCACUCAAGCUGAGCCAAGCCCGUCUUGUAAUAACUCAUUACUGCCUCAAGGUGGCGGCACCACGGCCAGAACCGCCUGGUACGGACUGACAGUUGGGCUCAGUUUAGUGACGGUGCUUCAGUCUCUGAUGGACUGAAUAACACGGUCUGAACCCAAACCCCGAAACCCCGAAACCAAACGAGGUGAGAGGUCAAUAAAGGUUGACUUUACUGGCUGCUGGAUUAUGGCUUCAAAAUGUGCAGAGUGAAGGAAAUGGAGCUGCCAAGUGAAAACAAUGUUUUAGCAACAUUAAUGAGCAGGAAAAACAGAAAAGAUUUCAACAAAUCAAAGAAAUGAUGGCUGGAUUCCAUCUAUCUGUUUCAGUAUGGAAGAAGAUUAGUGCCAAAGAAAAAAAGAAUUUUGAUUUUGAUUUUUUUUUUAAAUCAGAAUUCUGUAAUAUUCUGGGAUCAAAAAUCAGAAUUACAAUUUUUAAAAAGUCAAAAUUCUGAAUUCUGAUUUGUAAAAUUCUGAAUUCUGAAGCCAAAAUUUUGAAAAAAA